UCUAUUUCGGGAUUUCGUAGAUAAUAUAACACUUACUAAAAAUCUGAAGCGGCCAAAAUUAAUUUAAAACAUUACACUUACCAAAACAAGUCUUUUCGAUAUCUGUUUAAUACAUUAAAAUGUAUAAAAAGAGCAAUAACUUCAUGCACCUGCUGAAUAAGUAGUACGGUUUGGAUAAAUAAAUUAUUCCGGUUUGGAUGCUAAAAUAUAAAUUGUGCAAAUGGUACGGUUUGGAUAAUUCAAAGAUAUGGCAUUUUUCAUAUUCUAGAAAAAAUGGAGCAGUUUGCCUGCUAUCGGUGUACAACCGGAGAUGCAUCUUUUAAAAACAUAGUAGAGCAUUCGAUUACACAACAUUCAAAAGAUGUGUUAAAAGUGAGAUCAAAAGAGCUUAAUAUAACGACGGGGAAAUUAGGUUAUAGAACCCACACAUUCUUUAUUGUUCCUCGUGAUAUUGCUGAAAAAAACCAGAAAAUUAAAGUAUUAAACGAUGAGCCAGGAAAUCUAAAAAUUCAAGUUGUCAAGCGUGAAAAUGAGGAUCCCGUUGUAAUAAUUAGAAGCCCUUUGGCUAAGAAAAGAAAAACGUCAGCAUAUCAGAAAACAGUAGCCACAAACUCUAUAUGUGAAAAUGAUUGCUCUGCAUUUGAAGAAGAAUUUUUUCCUAUAUCAUGGGAAAAUAAUGUACAACAAACAGAAUCCGAUGAUGACACAAUUAUGCGCAUGUUACCACUGGUUUUGUCUUCAAUGCGAGAACAUGGUUUGUACGAAGUGUGGAAAAAAUUUCAUGAAAUGGUGGCAGCUGGAAGUUUUCCAAUGAAAAAUAUAGCAUACCUACUUUUUCUGGACGUUGUGCGGUGGUACAGCUCAGAAAGCACAACUACCAUGCGUUAUGACGAUGUCGUUUCAAGGUUCUGGAGAACUGGAUAUAAAUUGUUUCAUGGGCGUUUUCUUCGCUUUAUGAGUGGACCGAAAAACAGGGGAGAAAUUAUAAUUAAUGAUUCUAAGAGGGGAUGUUUUAAUCCCGCAGAAUCGGAAAUAAAUUUUGCGGUCCCAAUUCAAAAAGUGAAGAAAAAAAUGGAAGGGCCGAUGCCGCCAGAUGAUAUAAAGCCAGGUAUUCUUCAACAUAUGAUUCAUCUCAUAGCAGAACAGUCCUCAACAUUGAAAACAUACAAGUUGUGCUUGGAUGGCAAAAAAAUAAAUGGCAGUACCACAGGAAUUCUAGGAGAUGUUGACCUCUUUGGACACGAACAAAAACCUACACUUCGCGAAAAACAAAAUCGUCUUCAAGAUGAAAUUUUGCAUACAGAAUCGGUUUUAAAGACCCUUGAUAACGUGGACACUAAUUUUCUACUCCAGUCUUUUCUUCCAUCGAUAAAAAGUUGUCUUACAGAAAAGCUAAGGAAACUUGUCACUUUGCUGAGCGAGAGAUUGAAAGAUUUGAGACAGAUGAGGGUUUCUAAACAAACGACAUUGGCAAAAUUCAAAGAUAUAGCGGGAAGUAAUUGGAAGACUUCUAGUCUAUGCAAUGUUAUUAGUGCAAUCUCAACACACAUUUAUGAUCUGGAUGCUUGUGUUAAGAGAACUCUGAAUACUGUUGAUGGAAUCAUUCAAGUCUGCGCAGAAAUGAAUGCUUGUUUAGAAUUUUGUUCUGAAAGUAUCCUUGAUUUGUCUGUUCAAACAAACUAUCGACACCUAAAACAAAUUGAGGACCAUAUAUUCAGCGAUGAUCAGUUACGGUUAAUGAAACAACUGUGUCCUCAAUGGCAUGAAUUGCGCAAGUCCGCCGUAGCUACAGGAAGUACACUGUUUACUGCCCUCGGACUUGACACCCUAAAGAAGCAACAAGAACACUAUGAUUUUGUCAAGUUUGAGAAGGCAAAGUCGGAGCCCACAGAUAGAAUCAAAGAAAGAAUGGAGCAUGGUCGAAAAAAUGAAAUCAAUGCAGUUGCAACGCUUGUCGGCAAAGUUUUGCCUUGUUUUUAUCCGUCAUACACAUUCUCAGAAGAAGGUUGUGUAAAGUACACGUUGGAUGAAGCAUAUAUUAUCGUUAGUCCAGAUGGAAGUUGCAUUAACUCAGCAACGCGUCAGACAGAAAUUGCUGUGGAGAUUAAAUGCCCAUUCCCCCCAGAAACUGGAUCAUACAAGUCACCCGUAUACUAUAAAAUACCCAAGUAUUACAUACCUCAAAUAUUGUCGGAGAUGGCAGCACUUGAAACAACUUCCCUGAUUUUUCUUUGCUAUUCAAAAGAAACCACGGUUGUUAUGGAAGCUUAUUUUGAUAAUGAAUUAUGGCAACUCUUCUUACAAAGCAUUCAGACAACGUAUGGUGCAGAUGGAUUUCGUCCAAAGAAAAAACCUGAUAAUUCAACUCUUUUGCUUGAAAAAAUUACUCAGUAUAUGGAGGAAAAAGUUGUAUUUAAAGGAGAAGUUAAAUCAGUUACCGGCCAAGUUUGCCCAAUAUCCAGUGGAAAUGUAGAAGCUCCCUUUUGUGACCAUAAAGGGAGAUCAAAAUCCUAUACACUCUGCGUAGAUGAUGUGCUUCAGCUAAUGUUUGAAUCACAGGCAGUAUUUAAUGAAUCAUACAAGCUCACACGCCAGCGAGCAACUGAGUUUCUUGGUUUUUUGUUGUCUGAUUUAGACAGAAACGUGUCACACAAUGGUUUAUAUUCAUUACCUAUUGCAUUCGGCAUGAAAGGAAACAGUCUUCCGUGCAAAAUUUUACGAGAAAUGAUCGAGCAUGUACUUGAUGCUUGCUCAAAAGCAGGAUUGUAUGUACCUGUUUGUUCAUUUGAUGGACAGUGGUAUCGUAUAGCUGUUAGAGACCAAAAUGAAUUUCCUUUGACACUUCUACAACUACAGAAAGACAUUUAUCACGAGGUAAAGAGAAUGAGUGUUUCCGAAAUCACUAACAAAAUCUGCAAUAUGAACUUAGUUAGUGUCGAUACUAUAGAUCAGAAAAUAGAUGUGCAAAGAACCAUUAAUGGGUUGGUAGUCAUUUCAAAGACAUUAGAAUCACUUGCUAUAUCCCAAAAUAUUAUGCAUAUGAUUGAAUCUUGGAAACAAGGUAAACUGAGAAAAGAAUUGAUACGUAAUGAACAAACACAGACAAAUGUAGAUAUUCAGAGGACACUCUCGUCACUUCCUUCGGAAAUUGUCCAUGAAAUUCCUAGCGAAACACUUGCAGAAGCAUUCCAGUCAAAUAACCAAAGGAAGCCAGAAGAGAUUGACGAUGUCAUGAAAUAUGUGGACGAGAAUUCGCUUGCAACAUUAGAGUCUGGUGCAUCUUCCACAACAAUUGAUAUUUCGGAUAAUAUCAAUGUCGAAGAAAAUUUAGAUUUUCAACAGAAUACAGAGGAUCUACAAAGUGAAAAUGAUACACUUUUGACCAAAACCGACAUUGAAAAUAUGCAUUUUUCAUUAAAGAGAUCGAAAAAUUCUAAGAAAAAGUGGGAAAUGCCAUCCACAGAAUUUCUAUUGCUCUUUUCAAGUGCCACAGAAAUUAAUAAACGAUUCACAAAGCAAGAAUUAUUAGACAUGUUAGCUCCAGUUGCUGGAAAAUUAGCAAGCAAUGGUAUAAAAGUUCUUGCCUCGGAAACAAAACGGAAAUUGAUAGAAAAAAUUUGUCCUAUUCUUGGCGAUGGAUCUACUUUGCCAGUCCCCCCCAAAAGAACAAGAGGAAGUCCAAAAUCAUUACGUGCACAGGCACGAAGUAUUGUUAAUAAACUCCCAAAAGACAUUUUAUGCGCUUUAUAUGCGGAGAAUAUAUGUGAAAGGAAAUACGAGUCAUGGACAUAUUUUAACCCUUUUGGUAAAUAUAUUAACGUGGAAGGAAUCCCCGAUUUCCGGGAAUGGUACUCCAUGCCCGAGUUCAAUAAGUGCACAGGAAAUUACGUUUUCAUGAUAUUGGACACGUACCAUCAACUCUGUGGACUACGACGACUUGUGUGCCAAAAGGGCAUACCGUCCAGAGGCAUUAAAAGAUCGGCAUUUGUAAAGAUAGCGGAAGAAAAUGAAACUAAUGGAUGUGGCCUAAGUCCAGCCAUGGUGAACGACCUAAUAGACAAACAGAGCGUGGCGUUUGCUCUCGGAACCUUCAAUUUGAAAGUAGCUGAUGCAUUGGAUACUAUAGGGGCUACAGAGGAGGCUGAUUUCUGCCGUAUGGUAUUUUUUUGGUACAGUGCAGAAGAUGACCCAGGAAUACUUGCCAUUGAUCGUUGUAAAUACCGCUUAAGAUUUAGAGACUGGUUGCUAAAAGAUGUUUGUAUGAAAACUUAUCCACCAUAUGGUUCUUUCAUUAAUGACAUACCAGUAGUACUCUUUGAGGGUCUUCUAACUAACAUCGAGCGUAAAAUACAGCUUUUUCCUUUCACAAAAAGUGGGGGUUACAACGUCAGAGCUGUCGGGAGUUUAGAUGCAGAAAAUUUCUUUGGAACUUUCCAGGAUAUUGAUCCAAAAGGCACAGGUGUUUUUAGACCGGAUGAUAUUCCAAGUGCGCUGGCAGUAGCAGCAGAGCUCAUUGACUCAAAACUAGAUCCAAACAGGGGAUUUCACAUGGACACGACAGCAACACAAAAAGUGUACCCUGUGAAUGAAAUGUUAGAAAUGGAAACAGAGAACAAAGAAGAAGAGUCACCUGAUAUGAUAUGGAGAGAUUUGACAACAAUUUAUCCAAGGGACCACGAGUUUGACAAAGAAAUGAGAACCAGAUGUAAGCAGAAGAGAAAGUCAACGACAGUUUCUAAACCAGAUGAACCAGGUCGGGGUUGCCUUCCGGUCCGACAGUUUCAUAAGCGUGACGAAACUAAAAUUCUCCCUCAUGUUCGAAGGGGACUGAAACUUGAUGACUGAAGCUCAUUUCUAUAGACAAUGUUUUUCCUAUAUAUAAUUGAUAAGAAAUUAAGAUUAAUAGUUUUAUCAAGUUUUUAUUAACGUCUAAAAGAAUGCUUUUCUUAAUCUUAAAGUAAAAAGAAAAUAUGUGUAUAAUCUUGAGCAACACAAUAAUAUAAUUACAUGUAUGUAAAACAAUCAUUAUGUAAAAAAAGAUUUUUUUUACUUUUAACCUGAAAAGCAAUAAAUCAUAUAAACACCUUAACAGACAACUCUCUACAUUACUAAUCAUAAAGUUUUGUCGAUUUCUUCAAUAAACAAACUAAAAUAAUAAAAUUGAUCGCACAAAAGAUGUUUACAUUGCUCUGAUUUCAUCCAAUAUAUAGUGUAUCAUGCUAUUCUGUUCAUAAUUUGAUACAUUUAUUCUUAUAUAACAAUGAACAUGUUUGUUAAAGUUCAUUUUUAAUAUUUAAGUUCUUUUCUACUGCAAUGUCAAAACAUCUAAGUUAGUGCACAUGCACUUAAGUACCGUGCAUGCAACAGUUCAGAAUCACUUCGUAGAAAGUGAGCAAUUAAUAUAAUUUACAACAACGACAUUAUAUAAAUUGUGCCUGUUUGGUAGGGUAACUGUUGAAAUUGUCACCCCGAGAAAACCAUUGUCAACCGACGCGAAGCGGAGGUUGACAAUGGUUUUCGAGGGGUGUCAAUUUCAACAGUUACCCUCCCAAACAGGCACUAUUUAUUUUAUUAUAUUGAAUAUCUCAUUUUGAAAGAAAAUUUUACUGCUUUUGUAUAGAAAUGAUGUGAAUUCUACGGCGAACCGUACGCGCAUAUUUUACGCGCAUGUAACAAUUCGUUGUGUUACCCGUUGCCAAGUGUGAUGUUAACGCUGAGGGUAAUAGAACGGAUUACAAACUGGGUCUAAACCAAUCAGAUUUCAGUAUUCAACAUGAAAGUAUAAUAAUAUAAUUUAGUUUAUAAUAAUUAUGAAAAAAAUCAAUUUUCUGGGGGUUUUUUGAAAUAUUUUGAUAUGUACAGCAAUUAAUUGCAUGUCAAUGUAGGCCAUUGAAACGUUUGUUUGACGUAGAUAGUGCAUAUAAAAUGCAGUUUGACAUUUCGGCUUUUGGCACAAUUAGUGACAAGAUAUCUGAGAAAAAAAUUGACAAAUCUUUCAUUAGAUAUUAAUUUGGUAUGCAAUUUUUAUGCGCUAAGUGAUUCCGAACUGCUACAUAGGCCUAAACUUAAAUAAAUGUAAAAUUAGAACCCUUGUGAAAAAUUGAAAUUCAAGUUAUGGUAUUUAAAGUUUUGUCAACUAAGUGCACGGGUCUUUGUUUAUUUCUUUAAACAAUGAGAUUUCAAAUGUCUAUUACACGACGACCUCCAUUGGAAGCAUGUUUUACAGUGAGGGCACGUGUAUCGCGCAAUGCCUUUGUGUUUACCAUUAAUGUGAUCGUGAAGACCAUCUUUUCUCGCAAAUCUUCGUUGGCAAAUAUCACACUUAAAUACAGGAUCAGGUUCUCUGGCUUGUUUUUGACCACAGCGCAUUGUGUGGCGCAGAAGACUUGACUUAUAAGCGUACCUUGCGUUGCAUUUAACGCACGCGUGUGGCCUUAAUCCAUGGUGGUUAUUGAUGUGUCCCUCAUAAUAACCCCUGUUCGAAAAUGUCUUCUGGCAUAUACUGCACUGCAGUUUGUGACUUUCAUUGUGAGUCCGCUCAUGCCUUGUGAGCCCCCAUUGUGUGGCAAACUCUUUGCCACAAAUACUGCAUAUGAAUGUUUCAGUCUCAUGUGAUUCGUGGAAUGAUUCUUCCAUAGCAGAUAAAGUCUCCUCUGAAAUAUAUUUAUGACAUUUAUAGUUUUUAUGUUGUUAAAUAAAUAUCAUACGAUAGAUUCUUUUAAAAUCACGGUAGUCUGAAUUUUUGUACGCCUACAGCCACACGCACGGAUAUCUUCAUUUGUUUGUUAUAAUUUCAAUCAAAUACUCGAUAUAUUUAUCAAUUCAUUUGAAGAAGCUACUAGACCAAGUUGACAGAGCUUUCGAGAGCAAUUAUUUUAUAAGUGCCUAUCAAUUUUAAAUAACAGUAUUUAAUAAUACCUAAUGAAAAUUUCAUCUAAACCAGAACCAAGCAUUUCUGCCCAUUACAACAUUUUAACAAUACGCAACAUUUUUACUUUCAAUAGAAAUAUAAAUUAAUAUGAUUAUGAUGUAUCUCAUUUUGAAAAGAAAUUAAUUUAAAAUUAAUAAAAACAAGAGCAUCGCCAAGCGGAGCAUCCCCUCGCGACAUGAAAUAGUUGUAGACGCACAUACACACACAUACAUGUACAGUAGCGAUGCUAUAUCCCCUUAGCGAGAUGAUAAUUAAAAGAACUGUUUAAACUCUUAGAUAUUAACCACAUCCAAACCGUAUCAGAUGCGCAUCCAAACCGUUCCAAUUUUGAAAAACAAGGUCAUCCAAACAAGUUCCGUUGUUUCACAAAUAAUCGACAUAAACUGGUUAUUUUUCUAAUUUUCAAACAAAUUUCGUAUAAAUUUAAGAUUUCAUAUGCUUUUUAAUAGAUUUGACGAUCUUUUUUACGUAAAAGGAAACAAUGUAAGCCCAAAAUAACCCGAAAACUUAGUAAGAAACUCAGAGAUAGCAAAUGCGUAUCAUGAUUUGUAAGAAAAACAAGUCAUUUUUUUCAUAUUAACCUCUAUUUUCGGCAUCUACUAGUGUUUGUCUUACUGCAAAUAUAUCGUGUAUUGUAAUGAAGUUCAAAUCUGAACAUAUAGGUUGCUUUUCAUUCAUGAAAAUAACAGAAAAAUAAACAUACCUUCAAACGGUGCCGCCAUUUUCACUUUAUCCAAACGCGUCACAACCGGCGCGGAUACA